AUGGAUAGCUUCCUUUCCGAUAUCAAAUCGAAGAACGCAGCGGGAGCGAGUCCACCUAUUGCCGGAAUCUUCGUCGUGUACGACCUGCCAGAUCGUGAUUGUGCCGCACUCGCGAGCAAUGGCGAAUAUUCAAUUGCCAAUGGCGGUGUUGCGAAGUACAAGACUUAUAUUGACAACAUUCGUUCCACGCUGCAAAAGUACUCGGACGUGCAAACUAUUCUUGUCAUUGAGCCUGACAGUCUGGCCAACCUGGUCACCAAUAUGGCUGUUUCGAAAUGUGCAAAUGCUCACGACGCAUAUCUUGAGUGCACGAACUAUGCAGUCACUCAAUUGAGCCUGGACAAUGUGGCUAUGUAUCUUGAUGCUGGACAUGCUGGAUGGUUGGGAUGGCCUGCCAACCUGAGCCCAGCUGCUCAACUGUACGCUCAAGUUUAUAACAAUGCCUCUCAACCCGCCUCGCUGCGAGGUCUGGCAACAAACGUUGCCAACUACAACGGCUGGUCCCUCUCAAGCUGCCCGUCUUACACCUCUGGAAAUUCCAACUGUGAUGAAAAGAAAUAUGUCAAUGCCAUCGCACCACUGUUGAAGAGUGCAGGCUGGGAUGCUCACUUCAUCACGGACACCGGCCGCAAUGGUGUCCAGCCUACUCAGCAGAAUGCCUGGGGAGAUUGGUGCAAUGUGAAGGGCACUGGAUUUGGUGUUCGUCCAACUACCGAUACUGGCGAUAGCCUGGAGGAUGCUUUUGUUUGGGUGAAGCCUGGUGGGGAGAGUGACGGCACAUCUGACAGCAGUGCGGCCCGAUACGAUGCCCACUGCGGAUACAGUGAUGCUCUCCAGCCCGCACCUGAGGCUGGCACGUGGUUCCAGGUAGGAUUGAAUGCUGUUAUAGCUCCUCUUCCGUUUACUGACCGAGUUGUCUAG